AUGGCGCUGCUCGCGAUGCAUUCUUGGCGCUGGGCGGCCGCGGCGGCUGCUUUCGAAAAGCGCCGGAACUCCGCGAUUCUGAUCCGGCCUUUCGUCUCUGUUAGCGGCUCUGGUCCGCAGUGGAGGCCACAUCAACUCGGCGCCUUGGGAACCGCUCGAGCCUACCAGCAGAUCCCAGAGUCAUUAAAAAGUAUCACAUGGCAGAGAUUUGGAAAUGGCAAUUCAGGACAGUUCUUAGAUGCUGCAAAGGCUCUCCAGGUAUGGCCACUGAUAGAAAAGAGGACAUGCUGGCAUGGUCAUGCAGGAGGAGGACUCCACACAGACCCAAAAGAAGGGUUAAAAGAUGUUGAUACUCAGAAAAUCAUAAAAGCAAUGCUUUCUUAUGUGUGGCCCAAAGACAGGCCAGAUCUGCGAGCUAGAGUUGCCAUUUCGCUGGGAUUUUUGGGUGGUGCAAAGGCCAUGAAUAUUGUGGUUCCCUUCAUGUUUAAAUAUGCUGUAGACAGCCUCAACCAGAUGUCGGGAAACAUGCUGAACCUGAGUGAUGCACCAAAUACAGUUGCAACCAUGGCAACAGCAGUUCUGAUUGGCUAUGGUGUAUCAAGAGCCGGAGCUGCUUUUUUUAACGAAGUUCGAAAUGCAGUAUUUGGCAAGGUAGCCCAAAAUUCAAUCCGAAGAAUAGCCAAAAAUGUCUUUCUCCAUCUUCACAACCUGGAUCUGGGUUUUCACCUGAGCAGACAGACAGGAGCUUUAUCUAAGGCUAUUGACAGAGGAACAAGGGGUAUCAGUUUUGUCCUGAGUGCUUUGGUAUUUAAUCUUCUUCCCAUCAUGUUUGAAGUGAUGCUUGUCAGUGGUGUUUUGUAUUACAAAUGCGGUGCCCAGUUUGCUUUGGUAACCCUUGGAACACUUGGUACAUACACAGCAUUCACAGUUGCAGUCACACGGUGGAGAACUAGAUUUAGAAUAGAAAUGAACAAAGCAGAUAAUGAUGCAGGUAAUGCUGCUAUAGACUCACUGCUGAAUUAUGAAACUGUGAAGUAUUUUAAUAAUGAAAGAUAUGAAGCACAGAGAUAUGAUGGAUUUUUGAAGACGUAUGAGACUGCUUCAUUGAAAAGUACCUCUACUCUGGCUAUGCUGAACUUUGGUCAAAGUGCUAUUUUCAGUGUCGGUUUAACAGCUAUAAUGGUGCUCGCCAGUCAGGGAAUUGUGGCAGGUACCCUUACUGUUGGAGAUCUAGUAAUGGUGAAUGGACUGCUUUUUCAGCUUUCAUUACCCCUGAACUUUCUGGGAACUGUAUAUAGAGAGACUAGACAAGCACUCAUAGAUAUGAACACCUUGUUUACUCUACUCAAGGUAGACACCCGAAUUAAAGACAAAGUGAUGGCAUCUCCCCUUCAGAUCACACCACAGACAGCUACCGUGGCCUUUGAAAAUGUGCAUUUUGAAUACAUUGAGGGCCAGAAAGUCCUUAGUGGAAUAUCCUUUGAAGUCCCUGCAGGAAAGAAAGUGGCCAUUGUAGGAGGUAGUGGGUCAGGGAAAAGCACAAUAGUGAGGCUAUUGUUUCGCUUCUAUGAGCCUCAAAAGGGUAGCAUUUAUCUUGCUGGUCAAAAUAUACAAGAUGUGAGCCUGGAAAGCCUUCGGAGGGCAGUGGGAGUGGUACCUCAGGAUGCUGUCCUCUUCCAUAAUACUAUUUAUUACAACCUCUUAUAUGGAAACAUCAGUGCUUCCCCUGAGGAAGUGUAUGCGGUGGCAAAAUUAGCUGGACUUCAUGAUGCAAUUCUUCGAAUGCCACAUGGAUACGACACCCAAGUAGGGGAACGAGGACUCAAGCUUUCAGGAGGAGAAAAGCAAAGAGUAGCAAUUGCAAGAGCCAUUUUGAAGGACCCCCCACUCAUACUCUAUGAUGAAGCUACUUCAUCAUUAGAUUCGAUUACUGAAGAGACUAUUCUUGGUGCCAUGAAGGAUGUGGUCAAACACAGAACUUCUAUUUUCAUUGCACACAGAUUGUCAACAGUGGUUGAUGCAGAUGAAAUCAUUGUCUUGGACCAGGGUAAGGUAGCCGAACGUGGUACCCACCAUGGUUUGCUUGCUAACCCUCAUAGUAUCUAUUCAGAAAUGUGGCAUACACAGAGCAGCCGUGUGCAGAACCAUGAUAACCCCAAAUGGGAAGCAAAGAAAGAAAAUAUAUCCAAAGAGGAGGAAAGAAAGAAACUACAAGAAGAAAUUGUCAAUAGUGUGAAAGGCUGUGGAAACUGUUCCUGCUAAGUCACAUAAGACAUUUUCUUUUUUUGUUGUUUUGGACUACAUAUUUGCACUGAAGCAGAAUUGCUUUAUUAAAAAAAUCAUACAUUCCCAUUUUCUAUAAUCCUUCUUUUAGAUAAGAUUUAUUUAAAAGGGGAUUUGAGUUUUACAUCUUUCACAGUCUAUUUAAUGUGGCAUCUGUAUUUAUCCCCAAAUUAUUUUCUUGUCACUGUCCUUGUUGUGCUCAAUGCAUAAUUUUUGCUACCUGUUUGAUAUUACCACAUUACCCUCUUGAGGCCUGACAUUCAUUUGAUAUUGAUACCCAGAUGAAUCAGAUUGGUUUCCCAAUUUUUGUAGUUUUUAAAACCUCCUUUAUGCUGACAAUUUAGAGGGAAAGUGUCUGUUUCUUAACAUGAAAAAGAGGAUAGUGUAGGUUCAUUUUUUCUUCUCCCUCCUCCCUCCAAUUGAAAUUGACGUGAAAAUGAAUUUAUAAACUUUUAAAAUUAGAAUGUAUCAGAAAUAGACAUGCAUUUAUAGUUUGAUGUCUUACUUGAUAGGUUACUUACUUUUUUCUUUGCUUCUUUUUUUUUUUUUUGAGACAGAUUCUCACUCUGUCACCCAGGCUAGUGUUCAGUGGCGCAUCUCAGCUCUCUGCAAACUCUGUCUUCUGAGUUCAAGCGAUUAUCAUGCCUCGGCCUCCCAAGUAGCUGGAAUUACAGGCACGUGCCACCACACCUGGCUAAUUUUUCUAUUUUUAGUAGAGACAGGGUUUUGCCAUGUUGGCCAGGCUGGUCUUGAACUCCUGACCUCACAUGAUCUGCGCACCUUGGCCUCCCAAAGUGCUGGGAUUACAGGUGUGAGCCAUCAUGCCCAGCCUAUACUUAGAAUUUUUUUUUUUUGAGACGGAGUCUCGCUCUUUCGCCCAGGCUGAAGUGCAGUGGCGCGGUCUUGGCUCACUGCAAGCUCCGCCUCCCGGGUUCACGCCAUUCUCCUGCCUCAGCCUCCCGAGUAGCUGGGACUACAGGUGCCUGCCACCAUGCCCUGCUAAUUUUUUUGUAUUUUUAGUAGAGAUGGGGCUUCACAGUGUUAGCCAGGAUGGUCUCAAUCUCCUGACCUCGUGAUCUGCCCGCCUCAGCCUCCCAAAGUGCUGGGAUUACAGGCUUGAGCCACCGCACCCGGCUGCUAGAAUUUUCGAAGUAUUUGCAACUAUGUACUUUUUGAAGGAAAAAAAACCUUCAUUCUCAUGUUGCUAUGUAGAAUAUUCUUCAUCAUUAAGCAGCACCAUAACUGUCAUCUAGUGAUUAGAAUUUUAUUUUUCCACAAAAAAAUGAGGCAUUGGUUUUGUUUUGGACAAAACUACACAUUUUUCUUUAAAGAUUUACAAAUUCCUAUGUAAUUUGAAAGUUGCUAUACUGGGAGUAAUCUGAAAAGCUUAGAAAGUUCAUUUCCUUUUAUAUUUCCAUCUUAAAUGUGCUGCUUUUUCUAUUCAAAGUUUACAAAGAAACAAGUAAAUGGGAUGUCGUGCAUGCAUGCACAUGCUCACACGUGUAUAAAUCAGUGUCCAUUAAAAAAUAUUAACAUUUAGGUAAAUAGAGUAUUACAUAUUAUACUCUUUAGAUGAUCAAGACUGUACUCUGUGUUGACACUUCAGAAUUUCUUUAUUAAAAGAUCUUCCCUUACUUUUCAGUAAUUUAAUUAGUUUCUUUAAGCCUGACAUAACAAGGAAGAGCCCAAACAACAUAAUCAAGUUUUACCCUGGGAGGAAAAGUUUUACCUGCUAGAAAGAAUUAAUAAAAUAUUGGUAUACAUUCA